UAAAGGAACUCCAACCGUUGUCGCCAAGCAGCAGCAUCUCAUUCUGUGACCAUGUCCGCCCCCUGCCUGGACAAAGCCCCCGAAACGUACGAUGAUCGCCUGGCUGAAAUGGAAGCGCAGUUCGAACAGCACGCGAAGACCUACCUCCGCGAGGAACCGGAACUACGGCAGCAGAUGUUGGACCAGCUUCGGGACUGGAUUGCCAAGCAUCCUCACAUCCGGAAAGUUCGUACCGAUGCCCUGUUCCUGGUGAAGUUCCUUCGCGCGAAAAAGUACAACUUUAUCAACGCAUCCAAACUGUUGGAACGCUAUCUGGCUACCAAAGUGCUGCAUCGGGAUUGGUUUGGGCGGUUGGACAUUGAGGAUCCGGAGCUGAGUGCCUUGGUGGACACGGGGUAUCUGUUUCCGCUGCCGGAACGGGACAGCAAGGGUCGUACGUUGCUGUUCAGCGUGGCGUCCGGAAUAGAUCCAACCAGGUUCAGUGGUCGACAUGCGUGUCGUCUGCACAUGAUGACGGCGGAACUGUGCGCGGAAACGAAUGAAUUUCUCUGUGGAGGAUUUAUUCUGGUGUAUGACUUUUCCAAUAUUACGCUGGCUCAUCUGAAUGUGGUUUCGUUCAACGACAUUCGUUUGCUCUCCAAGGCAGCAAACAAUUCACUAGCGGUGAGAGCUCAAGAGGUGCACUUUGUAAAUACUCCGAGCGCAGGUUUGACGAUUGCAAACUUCGCUCUACAGUUGGCCAAUGAGAAGCUUCGAAGUAGGAUUUUCUGUCACAAAAACUGGGAUGAGUUGUACAAGAAGGUAGACAAGAACCUUCUACCGAAGGAGUAUGGCGGAACGAUUCCCCAGCAGGAACUGAUUGACUCCUUCAAAGGGCGCUGCAAAGAGAUGCGCCCACUACUGAUGGCGUACGACGAAAUGGAUAUGGAGAUAGCAAAAGAUUCCGAGUACGCGAACUGUGGAAUCGAGGACGAACUGGAGUCUGGAGCGAUUGGCACGUUCCGAAAAUUGCAGGUUGAUUGAGUUGUGAUGGAUUGGAUUAGUAAAAAGAAUUUUGAAAAUCAAUAUCGUGUU